AUGGCCAAGGUGUACCUGCAUGCCUACCUCUCGCCAUGCAUCAACAACUGUGGCAUCUACAGCCAGUGCAAGCUGCUGCGCACCAACAACUACCUGUACGUCGCCUGUGAGUGCAAAGCCGGCUGGAAUGGCUGGGGCUGCACAGACAAUGCUGAGGCUUUCUCCUAUGGCUUCCAGCUCUUCUCCAUGCUGCUGCUGUGCCUCAGCAAUGUCAUGUUUGUGCCUCCUGUGGCCACUGCCGUCCACAGCCAUUACCUCCUGGAAGCUGCCAUCUACAUCUUCACCAUGUUCGUCUCCACUUUUUACCAUGCCUGUGACCAGCCUGGCAACAUUGUGUUCUGCAUCAUGGAGUAUGAUGUGCUGCAGUGUGACUUCCUGGGCUCCCUCAUGUCCAUCUGGGUCACUGUCAUUGCCAUGGCCCAGCUCCAGCCCAUGGUCAAGCAGGUGCUGUACCUGCUGGGGGCCAUGCUGCUCUCCAUGGCUCUGCAGAUGGACCGCCAUGGGCUCUGGAACCUGCUGGGGCCCAGCCUCUUUGCCUUAGGGAUCAUGGCCAUUGCCUGGAUGGCUCGCACCAUCCGGCACUGCCACUACUACCCACCGACCUGGAAGCGCUGGGCUUUCUACCUGUGCCUGGGAGCACUAAUAGCAGCAACUGCCAUGCUGCUCUAUGCCUUUGUGGAGAUGGAAAACUACUUCUACAUCCACAGCAUCUGGCACCUGCUCAUCACCGGCAGUGUCGGCUUCCUUCUGCCACCCUGUGCCAAGCCCAGCAGGCGCCUGGGGCCCCUGCCCCAGCGCAAGGGCUGCAGGUACCAGCUCUGCAUCAACAGACAGGAGGAGCUGGGGCUUGUCAACCCAGCUGUGGCCUCCAUCAACAGCAUUUGUACCAGCUGA